AUGGAAAAUUAAUAUUGCAUAUAAAUAUAAAAUAUAGUAUUUAAAUUCCCGUCAUUAAAAUAUUAAUAUAAUUAAUAGGAUUAUUAAGAUAAAUCUAAUAUUAAUGAAAAUAUAAUUAAAUAAUUUGAAAUAAAAGUAAAAGAAUUAAAAAUAGAAUAGGGUUCUCUUAAUUUUAUAAUAGGAAAAAUAGGAAGUGGAAAAACAGCCUUCCUUAAUUCUAUUUUAAAUGAAAUGGAAUAAUUUAAUUGCUAAAAUAAUGAAGAUGAAUUAUUAAAUUUAUAAAAUAACAAUAAUAAAUCUUUAUUUUAUUUAAAAGGAGAAGUAUGUAUUGUAUCAUAGAAUAGUUGGUUAUAAACAUAAACUAUUAAAGAAAACAUUCUUUUCGGGCUUGAAUAUAAUAAGGAAUGGUAUGAUUAAUGUGUUUAAGCAUGUGAUUUAUAAUAUGAUUUUAAUUAAUUUCAUAAAGGAGAUGAGAAAGUAGUUUAUUAAGGAGGAAUUAAUUUAAGUGGAGGAUAAAGAUAAAGAAUUUGUAUAUGUAGAGCACUUUAUGCUUAAAAAGAUAUUUACUUAUUUGAUGAUAUUUUUAGUUUAAUAGAUAUUUAAGUUUAGGAGAAAAUAUUCUAAAAUAUGAUAUUAAAAUUAUUAUUAAAAAUGGGAAAAACAGUUUUAUUUAGUUCAAGUAAUUAUAAUAUUCUUAAAUAUAAAAAUAAUGUUAAUUAAAUUAUUUUAAUUGAUAAUGGAGAAAUAAUAUUAGAAUAAUAAUAAAUAGAUAUAUUUUUUGAAAGUUAAUUGAUAAAUGUAAAAAAACCACAAGAAAAUUAAUUACAAAAAGAAUAAUAGUAGCCUAAUUAAUAAUUUUAAUAGACUAAAGAAUCAUAAGAAAUAUAAAUUAAUUCUUUAUCAUAAAGAGUACUUUAUCCUUAAAUAAUAAUUCCAUUUAUAUUAUGUCUUAGUUCAAUGUAUUAUUUCUAUAAUUAAUUUUCUUUGGGAAAUCAAUAAUUAAAAAGACUUAAUUCUGUAAAUAAAGCAAAAAUUAUAACUAUAAUUAAUGAAGUAAUUAAUGGAUUAAUAACAAUAAGAACAUUUAAAUAAGAAAAAAGCAUAUUAAAGAAUUUUAUUGAAAAGCUAAAUGAUUAUAAUAAUUCACUAGUUAAUUUAUUUGAAAUUUAAGUAUGGUUGUUUAUUAGAAUAUUUUUAUGUUCUAAUAUAAUUACUAUAAGUGUAUGUACUGUUUGUUUGUAUUUAUUAUUUAAUAAUAUUGAUUUUAAUUAUGCAAAUAUUACUCUCAGUUUUACUUAUUCAUUACUUUUUUCUUAAUUAUUUGAAAACUUAAUUUAUUAUUAAAUACACUUUUAGUAAAAUAUGGUUUCUAUGGAAAGAAUAAAUCAAUAUUAUUAAAAUGAAAAAGAAAAUUUAAAUGAGAAAAAUGAAUAAAAAAUUCUUGAUGGGCAAUAAUUUCAAAUUGUAUUUAAAAAUUUAUUCAUGUCUUAUGAUGAUAAUAAUUUCAAAUAUUCUUUAAAAAAUAUUAAUCUUUAAAUAAAAAAAGGAGAAAAAGUAGUGUUUUGUGGAAGAACUGGAAGUGGAAAGACAUCUAUUUUUAAUUUAUUAUUUAAAUUAUAUCCAUAUUAAUAAGGAGAUAUAUAUAUUGAUAAUAAAAGUAUAAAAUCAUUUAGUCUUAAAGAAUUAAGAUAAAGAAUAUCAAUUAUACCUUAAUUUAGCUUUCUUUUUAAAAGUAAUCUUAAGGAUAAUUUAGAUCCGAAUGAUGAAUAUUCUUAAGAACAUAUAUAAUAAAGAAUAUAAUAAUAUGAUCUUAAAAUAUAGGAUAGUAAUUCAUAAUCUAAUAUUGAUUUAGACUUCUAAAUUUAAGAAGGAGGAAAAAAUCUUUCUAAUGGCGAAAAAUAAAUAAUUAAUUUUUUAAGACUUUCUUUAAAAAAUUCUGAUAUAAUUUGUAUUGAUGAAGCUACUUCUAAUAUGGAGCCAUAGACUCAUUAAAAAAUUAUUGAUUAUAUUUUCAAAAUAUCAGAAGGGUAAACACUUAUUUAUAUUUCUCAUAGAAUCGAAAAAAUGGAGUUAUUUGAUAGGAUUUUUGUAAUGGAGAAAGGAGAAAUAAUUGAGUAAGGAAAUUAUUAAGAUUUAAUUUAAAUUGAAGAAGGGCAUUUUAAUAAACUAAAAUAAUUAUAUUGA